UAUGCAUAUCUUUAAUGUGAAGUGCAUUUUCUUUGACAAUCUUUCUACUUCUCCUUUUUGUGAUAUUAUCGAAGAAAAAAAAAGGAAUCUUGAUAGUAUGUAUAACAUUUGAUUGUCUGAGUUAAUGCUUAUUACACUUAUUAGUUCCUUGGUAAAGGAGAUUGUUUUAUUUAAUAUAAAUACAACGCAGGAAUUAAUUGUUACUUUAUCUCUCUUUUUAUCUAAUUUAUAUUUAAUAAUGCGUGGAACAGUAGUUUUUAGCAUAGCAAUUAUUAGCUCCUUUAUCAAUUUCACUUAUGCUUCAAAUGUUGCAGAUGGUUUAUCAAAUAUACGUCCUGACACUGCUAUCCAAAAUAUUGAUCCAACUAUAGGAAAGGUAACUAAUGUGCUUGAUGCCGCUAGUGAUGCUUUACGAAGUACUUCAUCUUCUGGUGAUCCUGCUCGUAAUUUGGCGAGUAAAAAGAAAAAAAGAGCUGUAAACAGAGGAAAGAGAAAUCUUGUACCUGGAGUGAAUGAAAUCACUGAAAAUAUGGAUGUUCCUUUUUCUGGAAUUUUUAAUAGUGGAAGUGUUUCUCAAUCAAGGGGUACUAUGCAAUCAUCAGGUAGUGUUAGACAGACUACUGGAAAUACAUUCUCUCAAGGAACUCAGCUUGAUGGAACAGGUAUUGAUCAAAUUUUAGGCAAACGUGAGCCUCCUUCUACACCUCCUGCCUCUAAGGCAAACAGUGGUGAUCUAUUAGGUACAAAUCAAAUCACUUCUAAUAUCCCCAUUGUUGGAAAACUUUUGUCUGAUCCUAGUAGUGCACUCUCACAAACUGGUAAAAUCCCCCUAGCUAGUGAUAUUCUUUCUGGAAAAACUGAAUCUGUAUCUUCAAAACCCUCUACAGGAACACCACAGGUCCCCGUUAAAAGAAGUAUCGUCCAUAACCGUCGUAAUCUCGAUGCUAUCCUUAGUCCCGUAUUAGGAAACAAAAUGAUUGGUGGUAUUCUUCAAGGGAAAAAAAAGACAACACCCGAUCAAACUACUAAUACGCCUGCUGCACCUGUGAAUAGACCUAUUAAACAAAUCUCUGUAAACCGUGCUGGGAAAAGAUCAUUUAAGCGUCGUGAUACACAUUUACCAGAGACUGUUUCUAAUAUGAGUAAAAACAUUUUAACUUACGAUACUAAUGAAAUCAAAAAAUCUGUAAAAGAAACAGUCAAUCGAACCUAGUUUUUUAUAUACUCUUAACCCAUAUACUUAUUGUUAAUUCUUAUAAAUAUUAAUCUUUUUAUCAAAAUAAAAAUAGCUUACAGAAAAAAAAAAAGUUUC